CCCCCCCCCCCCCCCCUCCUCCUCCUCCUCAUCUUUGGUGGUGUUGUGCGCAAAAUCUCCAGCGAGGGACGGACGCAGUUUGACGGUACAAGCGAGUGGCACUGCGGGGGGACAUCCAAGAAAAAGGCGACCCAUCCACAGAAGACAUGGAUAUUUAACGGGCAUUGCAUUUUUUUAUGUCUCUGUGUGUGAGAAUUUAUUUUUUAACCCUUCGAUGUUGCUCUUGCCCCGUGGGUCUUAAUUAAACCUGCUCGAUGUCUCUCAUCAGUUUAUAACCGAAACAAAAUGAGGAUUUCUUCUCUCGACUGGUUUCUGUUGAUAUUCUCCGGCUUUUGGGGACUGACGAUGGGUGCUUUCCCAAGCAGCGUUCAAAUCGGCGGCCUGUUCAUCAGAAACACCGAUCAGGAGUACACAGCCUUUCGCCUGGCAAUCUUCCUGCACAACACCAGCCCAAACGCCUCGGAAGCCCCGUUCAACCUGGUGCCUCACGUGGACAACAUCGAGACGGCCAACAGCUUCGCGGUCACCAACGCCUUUUGCUCCCAGUACUCCCGCGGUGUCUUCGCCAUCUUCGGCCUGUACGACAAGCGCUCGGUGCACACGCUGACGUCCUUCUGCAGCGCCCUGCACAUCUCCCUCAUCACGCCCAGCUUCCCCACCGAGGGCGAGAGCCAGUUCACGCUGCAGCUGCGGCCGUCCAUCAGGGGCGCGCUGCUGUCCCUGCUCGCCCACUACGAGUGGAACAAGUUCGUCUUCCUCUAUGACACCGAUCGGGGCUACGCCAUCCUGCAGGCCAUCAUGGAGAAGGCCGGACAGAACAACUGGCAGGUCAGCGCCAUCUGUGUGGAAAACUUUAACGAUGCCAGCUACCGACGGCUGCUGGAGGAUCUGGACCGGAGGCAGGAGAAGAAGUUCGUGAUCGACCUGGAGGCGGAGCGGCUGCAGAACAUGCUGGAGCAGAUCGUCAGCGUCGGGAAGCACGUCAAAGGCUACCAUUACAUCAUGGCCAACCUGGGCUUCAAGGACAUCAACCUGGAGCGCUUCAUGCACGGCGGCGCCAACGUGACCGGCUUCCAGCUGGUGGACUUCAGCAACCCCAUGGUCAUCAAGCUGAUGCAGCGCUGGAACAAGCUGGAUCAGAGGGAGUACCCGGGCUCCGACGCGCCACCGAAGUACACCUCAGCGCUGACGUACGACGGGGUGAUGGUGAUGGCCGAGGCCUUCAGGAACCUGCGCAGGCAGAAGGUCGACAUCUCCCGACGGGGAAACGCGGGCGACUGUCUGGCCAACCCGGCGGCGCCGUGGAACCAGGGCAUCGACAUGGAGCGUACGCUCAAACAGGUCCAGCUCCAGGGGUUAACAGGUAAUGUCCAGUUUGACCACUAUGGCCGCAGGGUCAACUACACUAUGGACGUGUUUGAGCUGAAGAAUAAUGGACCCAGACGGAUUGGCUACUGGAACGACGCGGACAAACUGGUGCUGAUCCAGGACUCUCCGCUGCUGCCAAACGAAACGUCUGGCAUGGAAAACCGCACCGUCGUAGUUACUACCAUCAUGGAGGGUCCCUAUGUGAUGCUUAAGAAGAACGCGGAGGGCUUCGAGGGCAACGAGAAGUACGAAGGAUACUGCGUGGACCUGGCCUCAGAGAUUGCCAAACACAUCGGCAUCAAGUACAAGAUCUCCAUAGUCCCCGAUGGGAAGUACGGCGCCAGGGACCCAGACACAAAGAUCUGGAACGGGAUGGUCGGGGAGCUGGUGUACGGGAAAGCGGAAAUCGCUGUGGCCCCUUUGACUAUCACAUUGGUCCGGGAGGAGGUGAUCGACUUCUCCAAGCCCUUCAUGUCGCUGGGCAUUUCCAUCAUGAUCAAGAAGCCCCAAAAGUCCAAACCGGGCGUGUUCUCCUUCCUGGACCCAUUGGCCUACGAGAUCUGGAUGUGCAUCGUGUUCGCCUACAUCGGCGUGAGCGUGGUGCUCUUCCUGGUCAGCCGCUUCAGCCCGUAUGAAUGGCACACCGAGGAGCCCGAAGAGGGCACCGACGGUCCGCCAAGCGACCAGCCCCCCAAUGAGUUUGGCAUCUUCAACUCGCUCUGGUUCUCCCUGGGCGCCUUCAUGCAGCAGGGCUGCGACAUCUCCCCCAGGUCUUUAUCAGGACGCAUCGUGGGCGGCGUGUGGUGGUUCUUCACGCUCAUCAUCAUCUCGUCCUACACGGCUAACCUGGCCGCCUUCCUCACCGUGGAGAGGAUGGUCUCCCCCAUCGAGAGCGCGGAGGACCUGGCCAAACAGACGGACAUCGCCUAUGGCACUCUGGACUCCGGCUCAACCAAAGAGUUCUUCAGGCGGUCAAAGAUCGCCGUCUACGAGAAGAUGUGGGGCUACAUGAAGUCGGCCGAGCCCACGGUCUUCACCAAGACCACGGCCGAGGGGGUGGCGCGCGUCCGCAAGUCCAAGGGGAAAUACGCCUUCCUCCUGGAGUCCACCAUGAACGAGUACACAGAGCAGCGCAAGCCCUGCGACACAAUGAAAGUGGGAGGCAACUUGGACUCCAAAGGCUACGGCGUAGCCACGCCCAAGGGUUCACAGUUAAGAACGCCUGUAAACCUUGCCGUAUUGAAACUGAGUGAAGCAGGAGUCUUAGACAAACUGAAAAACAAAUGGUGGUACGAUAAAGGGGAGUGUGGACCCAAGGACUCGGGAAGUAAGGACAAGUCGUCCCAGGCCCUCAGCCUGAGCAACGUGGCCGGGGUCUUCUACAUCCUGGUUGGGGGCCUGGGCCUGGCCAUGCUGGUGGCCCUCAUUGAGUUCUGCUACAAGUCCCGCAACGAGGCCAAGAGAAUGAAGCUGACAUUUACAGAAGCCAUGAGGAACAAGGCGCGCCUGUCCAUCACAGGCAGCGUUGGGGAGAACGGACGGGUGCUGACCCCCGACUGUCCCAAGGCCGUCCACACCGGGCCUCCCCUCCGCCAGAGCUCCGGCCUCGCCCUGGUCUCCUCUGAGCUCCCGUGAAAACCAAAAACCUCUCAAGUGCCUUAUUCCAAAUGACUGAAAAACGACAAUAAUCACACUACCCACAAAAACAGAAACGAACCACAAACAGACAGGCGACUGUGGCUCAGUGGGUUUUCUGGUUUUCUCCUCUUUUUUAACUAUGUGGCCACGUGGGAGCGUAUGCUUGAUAGUCAGCGGGUCACGGGAACCCACUGGAGCCAUUCAACCUUUACAACUCCAGCGACGGAAGGGGAAGAGCGAAAAAUAUCAUGAUAUAUGAUAAAGGCGGCGACCAGGAAACUGUACACUUGAAACUCGUAACUGGCAAAAACUGAACCACGGUCAAGAUUGUUUUUCGAGGCGGACAGCGGUUGCUGCAGCGCUCAAGAGGCAACAACGUCACCAGAUAUCAGCAAGUGACACUGGGAGAGCUGUGACCCAGUGCCGUGGAAAAUAACAACCUAUUGAUUCUAAUAUAUGAGCAAACAUAGGAAACUGUGAAAAUAAGUAAAUAUGUAUAUUCCGUGAAAAACAAAAUGAAGACUCUAGCUGUACAUAGGGAUGACUGUGUAACAUGCUUGCUUUUUAAACAGAUGUACAUAGCAGAUACUGUAGUGGACAGGCAGACAGUUCUUUUUGUAAACCAUCUUUAAAGAUUUGAUUCAUCGCAAUAAUGAAAACGAUGACGCCACCCGAAGGAGGAGACGUGAGAAGGGAAGGCAGUGUUACAAGUUGUCAUGUGUUGAAUACUGAAUAAACUGUAUUAUAUAGGAACAUUCAAAGUCUAAAUGUGAAGGGGUAUCGACUGCCCAAAUAUUCUGAUACCUGUUAUCAUAAAUAUAUUCAACAAUGAAUGUUAACUAGCUCCGCACCCAAUCCUUAAACCACAACCCUCACUGUGCAGACGUAGACCCAGAGAGUUUGCUCAUGAGUAGAGCUUUAUAAAUCAAGUUUCUGCAGUCAGAAUAGAACUAUUUUUUUCAUUCUUUGAAAUAUUUUUUGUACUGAGAAAUUUAAAAAUGGAAAAAAAGAAGCUGUCUGUCUCCUGGUUUUAAAUGUCGACAGUCGAGUACUAUCUGUUUAGGUCUUUUAGAACAUUACGUGUGUGAAGACAUGAGACGAAGCGAUGAUGCGGAAUUGAAACGUGCUCUCUCUCAUUUCUCAUUAUAUGUUAUUUGAAGUGUCUUUGAUAUUUCCCGUAAGACGUCGAGCCCGAGCUGAUAAAGCCGCCGUUUGUAUGUUCGAGCCCUUGCUCGCUGAAACACUGUGGAUCCCCUGGAGAGACUGGACAUUGUAGCAGAAAUGUAUUCGCUCCAGUCUCACUGACUAAAGUGUCCUCGUCCAUUUAGGGAAACGGAAGUACAAUCUGCAAUAGGACACAAGACGCCACAUCUUCAGCCACACCAGCCAAUGACGGGGCUGGAAGGUUUCCCCUUAUUCCCAGUUCUCACCCAGUUCAUUUCCCAUACAUACACUGUGGUUGGACGGGGGGAGAAAAACCAGCUGAAAUAUUUCAGGUGAAGCCUUUGUGUCCUGCCAUCGGUCUUUAGAGCUGAAGUGUAACAUGGCAUCUUAUUUUGGUUCAAUUGUACAUCUUUAUUUUGAUCUUUUUUUAAGUAAAAAUUAAUUUCAAA